AUGACCGUUAAUCCAAAGAAAAUCAAUGUUGCCAUCUGUGGUAUUGGCAGAAUCGGCAAAUACCACGCUAUGAACAUUGUUAACCGCAUUAACAAAGCCAGCUUGGUGGCUGGGUGUACCAUUUCCACCAGUGACAAGCAAUGGGCGGAAGAAAACUUGGUCCCACACGGUGUCACUAUCUACGAUUCGUAUGAUGAGAUGUUGGCCCACCCAGGCAUCGAUAUGGUUCUUAUUGCCUCCACCACCUCCACCCAUGCGGAUCAGACAGUUAAGGCUGUCGAAGCAGGCUACCACGUGCUUUGCGAGAAACCAUUUUCCACCAGUGUGGCUGAUGCUCAACGGGUCGUGGAAAUUGCUGCCAAGCACCCGGACCAGAAGAUUCUUUGUGGCUUUAGCAGAAGGUUCGAUGAUUCUUACAGAGAUGCGAAACUCAAAAUCGAUAGCGGUGAAUAUGGUGUUCCAAAGGUGUUCCGCUCACAAACUUGCGAUCGCCGUGACGAAACCGGUUUCUUUGUCAAGUAUGCUGCCAACUCAGGGGGUAUCCUUGUGGAUUGUGCUAUCCACGAUUUAGACUUGUGUUUGUACUUCAUGGGCGGUAAAGCCUCUGGGGAUUCCAUUCCCAAGUCAAUGUACGCUGUUGGUAUUACCGCAAUCCACCCAGAGUUGGCCGAACACAAUGACUCUGAUAACGCAAUGGCUGUUAUCAAGUUCCACAACGGAACCAUUGCCAAUAUCUAUGCCUCCAGAAUGAUGGUUCAUGGCCAGGAGGACGCGACCGAGAUUAUUUGUACCGAGGGUAAGCUUUCGGUUAAUAACCACCCUCAGACCAAUUUGGUCACCAUCUAUGACAAGCACGGUUUGCGUAACGAAGUUCCAAAAGAUUUCUACGGAAGAUUCGAGAUGGCUUUUGUUAACGAGAUGAACAGUUUCCUUGGUUACAUUAUUAACGAUGAGCCCGUUCCGUUCUCUUUGGAGGGGAAUGUUAAAGUGUUGCAAUGGGCGGUUUGGUUACAGGAAUCAUUGGAGACCGGUGAGCUUAUCCAGUUUGAUGCUUCUGGGAACCGUCUCGCUUAG